UUAUAAAGAGACAUCACUGUUCCUUUGCAUGUGCUAUCUUCUCUGUAAUUUUUGCUCACACACGGUCUCUGAAUUCUCUUUCUUCUCUGGUUUCACUGCUCCAUAUAUAUUCUUCUCUCUCGCUCUCAAAGCUCAGAAGUCAAGAUUUUUACCAGCUUUUUCCGGGAAACAAAGACUAAACCAAAAACGAUUUCUUGAUUGUCUUUAUUUAUUUUAUGUCCCAAACACAAAAACCAAUCAUGUCUGCUCCUUCUUCUUCUUCUUCUUCGUCUUCUAUUUGUUUGUUCUCUUACACAAAACUUAAAUUCUUUACUCGUAUUAAACGGUUCUUGCAAUCUAAAGCUGCAGAAAAGAAUAGUAGUAAUAAUAAUAAGCAAAGAACGACUUCGUCCAAAGUAGUUUUGGUCGAUAAUAGUGAUAAAGAACAAGUACAAGUAGUAGCUAUGGAUGGAGAAACUGAUCAAGAUGAUUCUUUGGUUUUACAAAGAUCAGUAAAGAGAUUUCACUUUGGAACUUGGGAAGAGAAGGAGAUGGCUGCUAUGGAAAUUGCAAGAUUAGCUAAAGAAGACGUCAAGAUAAGGAAGUUAAUGGCUGAGCUCGGUGUUAUUCCGGGUCUAGUAGACUUCGUUUCAUCGGAUGUCGUUGGCCGCCGGCGAUUGGCCGUCAAGGCCUUGAUUGAACUUGCUAAUGGAACUUACAGGAACAAAGCUAUCAUGGUGGACGCAGGAAUUUUCUCAAAAUUACCCAAGAACACAGAGAUUAAAGAAGAAUCAGCACGACAUGAUUUUGCAGAAUUGAUUUUAUCACUGUCAUCUUUAGCAAACACCCACUUCCAUAUUACCUCAUCAGAAAUUCUACCAUUUCUAGUUGGGAUUCUUGAAUCAAGCUCAAGUGUUGAAACAAAAGAGUUAUGCUUAGGUACUUUCUACAAUCUUUCAUCUGCAUUGGAAAAUGCAGGACCUUUGAUCUCCAAUGGAGUAAUUCAAACUCUUUUGAGUUUAAUAUCGGUGAAAGAAGUAUCAGAAAAAGCCCUUGCGACAUUAGGGCAUUUAGUUGUGACCUUAAUGGGAAAGAAAGCGAUGGAAGACAAUUCAUUGGUACCAGAAGGCUUGAUAGAGGUGCUAACUUGGGAAGAUAAACCCAAAUGCCAAGAAUUAGCAGCUUAUAUUUUGAUGAUUCUUGCUUAUCAAAGCUCAGCUCAGCGGGAAAAAAUGGCGAAAUCUGGGAUUGUUCCUGUACUUCUUGAAGUUGCAUUAUUGGGGAGUGCUUUAGCUCAAAAGAGAGCAUUAAAAUUAUUGCAAUGGUUUAAAGAUGAAAGGCAAACAAGAAUGGGUCCGCAUUCUGGACCUCAAACAGGAAGGAUAACAAUGGGGUCACCUGUAAAUCCAAGAGAGACUCAAGAAGGAAAGAAGAUGAUGAAGAAUUUGGUAAAGCAAAGCUUAUAUAAGAACAUGGAAAUGAUAACUAGGAGGGCUAAUGCUUCAGCAGAGUCUUCUUCAAAGCUUAAGUCUUUGGUUAUUAGCACAAGUUCUAAAAGCUUGCCUUAUUAAAGACUUUAAUUAUACACAUUCAGCAAUUUUCAGGCUUCUUUUUAGAAUUUUGAUUUUUUUUUUCUUGUAAUUUUAUUUUGAAUGUUGUUAUUUGUGGAGGAGAAAAAUGCAUGUCUUGUGCAGCAUAGCCUAUUACGACAAUUGUACAUGAUAACCAAUAAAUAAAAUUUCUAUGAUUUCUCUUUUUUCUUCUUAAAA